AUGGAGACAGUAAUGAAGAUGAGAUUUAAAAGCUGUUUUUUCUUCCUAGUUACGAUGUAUUCAGGCAAGCUCUUUGCAGAAGAUAAACCAUGUGAUUUGCCACAUAUAGAAAAUGGAAGGAUUGCCCAGUACUACUAUAAUUUCAAAAGUUACUAUUUCCCUAUGCGUAAAGAAAAGAAACUUUCCUAUUCCUGUAUGGUUGGUUAUACAACUGAAACUGGGACUCAAGAUGGAAGAAUAACCUGUACUGCAAAAGGCUGGUCUCCAGUGCCACGAUGCUACAGAAAAUGUAACAAGCCUCUUCUGGAAAACGGCGUUUUUUAUGGUACAGAAAUGUACUUCAAAAUACAUGAGAAACUGCAAUACAAAUGUAAUCCAGGCUACCACACUCCAAGCGGUGGAACUGAAGACACAGUACAAUGUUGGCCAGAAGGAUGGAGCUCCCAGCCAAGCUGUACUAAAAAAUUUGAGUCAUGUCAAGUACCAAAUUUACAUCAUGGCAACUACUCCACAGCCCAACAAGAGCUUCGGCUGAAUGAAACACUGCAAUACAAAUGUGACGAAGGAUAUCGUACUGCAGGAGGAAACACUACAGAGGAAGCAGUGUGUCUAACGCAUGGGUGGUCCCUUACUCCCAGCUGCAGUAGAAUAACUUGCUCCUCUUUAAGUGCAAUAGCACAUGGAGGUUUCUAUCCUGUGAAGAAAAUCUAUGAAGAGGGAGAUGUAGUUCACUUUUUCUGUGAGGAAAAUUAUUCUGCCAGUGAAUUUGAUCUAAUUCAAUGUUACUAUUUCGGAUGGCAUCCAGACCCUCCAGUGUGUGAAGAUGUAAAAAAUAAAUGUCCUCCACCACCACUUCCUCCUUAUGCCCAUAUUGUCACAGACAGAAGAACAUACCACAAUGGAGACAAAGUUCGCAUACAGUGUCAAAGUACCUUUGAAAUGAGAGGAUCUGAGGAAAUCCAGUGUGAAAAAGGAAAAUGGACAUCACCCCCUAUUUGUAUUGGAACUAUGGAUAAAUGGGAAUCUGAGGCACCACCAUCACUUGAGGCAGAUGCAGUAACGAAGGCAAGCACAACAUAUCACAAUGAAGAUACGAAAACACAGCAAGACUGUACCUCUCCACCCGUGAUUAAAAAUGGUGUUGUUCUUGGUCCAUUAUUGACAAGUUACAAAAAUGGUUCCUCAGUAGAAUAUGGUUGUCAGCAUUACCAUUUUUUGGAUGGACCUCGUACUGUUUACUGCCAAGAAGGAAACUGGACAGAACCACCAACUUGCUUUGAACCGUGUACUCUUAAUGUAACUAAUAUGAACAGCAACAACAUAGAGCUGAAAUGGAGACAAGAAGAAUUAAUUUUCCUUCAUGGUGAUCUCAUAGAGUUUGAAUGUAAACAGGGAUACAGUUUUCUCCAGACUACCACUCUGUCUCCUGGGAGGACACAGUGUAACCACGGCAGACUGCAAUACCCAAAAUGUAUUAUGCAAGCUUCUACAGAAAAAUGUGACUCUCCACCUUCUAUUGAGAAUGGAGCUCUUUCUUUCCCACCCCUGACCCAAUAUGACAAUGGUUCUUCUGUUCAGUAUAGUUGCUCCGAGUAUCAUUUUUUGCAAGGAUCUGAGAAAAUCUACUGUUCUGAAGGACAGUGGACUUCACCACCAGUGUGCAUAGAGCCAUGUACUUUGUCAAAAAGUGAAAUGGAGAAAAAUAAUGUGCUGCUGCAAGGGUUCUAUAAGAAUCAAGUUUAUUUUUACCAUGGGGAUUAUGUUGGUUUUUACUGUAAACAGAACCAUUUUGGAGCAGAAUCUGGUACAACAUUAUUUCUAGUGCAGUGUAAGAGAGGACAGCUGAUGUAUCCAAGGUGUGUUGAAAGAGAAAAAUAA